UAGACCAGUUGAGCGCGGGACUCUGCAUCGAGAGCACGCGCGCCCUCCCUCGAAUUUUUGCCAUACACAAGGUUGAAUACAACUCUGCACGUAUAGCUGACUGUGCAUCCGAUACUCACGAUCGUUCUGUGCACGUACAAUAUAAUAAACACAAGCCCCAGUGCGCGACAAGCUCCCGAGUGUGUGCACGCGGCGUCGAGUACGAUAUAUAAGACAGAGAGACAGUGCGCGGCAGCACACACGGAUCCGCGAACCGAGCGCGGAGAAGGAGAGAAGUCCCUCUCGGAGCCAGGUUCAACGCACCUGGGGGAGAGAGAGAGAGAGCGAGUGGCGGAGAGAGGAGAGGAGCGGAGAGAUGCUGCUGCAUCGCGAUGCGCGCCGCUGACCGCCUAGCGGAGCUGAGGACGAUCGGUGAUGCAGCCGUCAGCGUAGCGCAGCAUCAGCACAGGUGAAAGCCGGCGCGCUGACCGCUGCUGACUUUCUCGCGCAGCGAGGAGUGGGAGAGAGAGGCGCUUCACGCAGCAGGUCGAGACGAUGACGAGGCUCGAGAGGAAGGACCGAAGGGACGUCCCGUUGACGAAGGCCGCCGAUGAAGGGCCUAUAGCGCCGCCUUACUCGAGACUGCGCGUCGUUUCGUUCACCUGAAUACAUAUCCACUGCGGACGGACGCUCGGACUGUUAGGCGAGCGAGCGAACGGGAUACGCACGAGCGAGGGACCCCCCGCCCGCGAGCCUCAUCGCGCUGCGGACGAUUUUCCCGCGAAUAUUGUAAUCACCAUUACGUGCAGUGCAGUGCGCCGCGAGCCUUUCGCGGGAAAGCAGCAGAAGAAGAAUAAGAAGAUGGCCACUGGAGCGAGCUGGCUGCUGCUGUUGGCAGCAGCGGUACUCCUGGCGUCCGAGGCCGGAGGACACGGCAGUCCUCCCAUGGACGGCGGCCCGGACAGCCUGUCCGGUACGAUCGGCAACCACAACGGAGUGCGCUGUCCCUGGGCGUGCAACUGCGGCGGCCAGGAACUCGACUGCGCCCAGCGGGGCCUCACCCAAGUGCCUGGGAAUUUGGCCGCGCUCACCCUCGCCGAGAAACUAGAUCUCCAAGGCAACAACAUCUCCGUCGUCUUCAAGACGGACUUCGAGGACAUGGCCACGCUGCGGUUGCUGCAACUGUCCAACAACCAGAUACACACGAUCGAACGCGGAGCCUUUCAAGACCUGGUCAGCGUCGAGAGGCUCAGGCUGAACAACAAUCACAUUCGAUUUCUGCCCGACCUGCUCUUCAGCAACAUGAUGAAUUUGAAGCGAUUAGAUCUCAGUCACAAUCAAAUAACGAUGAUCGGGCCGAAAACGCUGAGGGGCAUCGUGUCGCUGAAACAUUUGCUGUUAGACGACAACGAGCUGAGCUGUAUCGACGAGGCUGCCAUACGCGAACUGAAGGAAUUGGAAAUUCUAACGCUCAACAAUAACAAGCUGACGACGCUCGGAAAGGACAUAUUCACCGGGCUGGUGCAUCUACGCAACCUGAAGCUGUCCGAUAAUUCGUUCAUGUGCGACUGCCACUUGAUGUGGCUUUCACGAACGCUAAAAACUUUCUCCCGGCUUGGACAAAACACUCGCUGCUCGUCGCCGGCGCAUUUGAAAGGCAAGAACCUCGUGGAUUUGCAGGAGCAGGACUUCAAGUGCUCGGGUCUGGUGGAGAAGCCGAGCUCCGAGUGCAGCACCGAGCCCCAAUGCCCGCAUCCGUGCAGAUGCGCCGAUGGAAUCGUCGAUUGCCGAGAGAAUUCCCUGACGAAAGUGCCGACUUACCUUCCCGAAGACACCGUCGAACUGCGAUUGGAGCAAAACGGCAUCACCGAAAUUCCCGCCAAGGCCUUCUUUCCCUACAGGAAGCUGAGGAGAAUCGAUUUGAGCAAUAACAAGAUCAGAAAAGUCGCGGCCGAUGCCUUCCACGGGCUCAAGUUCCUCGAGUCACUCGUGCUGUACGGCAAUAAAAUUUCCGAGCUACCAAGCGGAAUUUUCCAAGGCCUAACGAAUCUGCAGCUUUUAUUAUUAAACGCCAACGAAAUAUCCUGCAUACGAACGGACUUAUUUCACGAUCUCACGGGCCUAACGCUUCUAUCUCUCUACGACAACAACAUCAAGUCUCUGAGCAACGGGACUUUUGCCAAUCUCCGGAACAUCAAAACCUUGCACUUGGCGAGGAACCCCUUCAUUUGCGACUGCAAUCUGCGCUGGCUGAGCGAGUACCUGCACAAGAAUCCGAUCGAGACGUCGGGGGCGCGCUGCGAGUCGCCGAAGCGCACGAUCAAGCGGCGCAUCGACAACAUGCGAGACGAAAAAUUCAAAUGUAAGGGCGACGAGGAAGUUCUAACGAAACGUGCGGGCGAGUGCAUACUGCCGGGGCCCUGCCCGUCCUCCUGUACCUGCAACGGCGCGACCAUCGACUGCUCCAAUGGAAAACUCACCAGCAUCCCCAAGGAUCUGCCCGUGUACACGUCCAUUCUUUUGCUGGCGAACAACGCAAUCGAGAAAAUCAAGGCAGAGGGAAUUUUCGAAAAGCUCCCGGAGCUGCAGCACUUGGAUCUCAGGGCUAACAAGAUUUCCCGCAUCGAGGCUUCCGCUUUCGAAGGAGCGCACAAAUUAACGGAUCUGGUUUUGUCCGACAACAAGCUCCGAGAAGUCCACACGAAAAUGUUCGGCGGCCUGACGAGUCUGAAAAAUCUGAAUCUCCACGGCAACGCGAUCACGUGCAUGAUGCCCGGCUCUUUCGACAAUUUGCCGCACUUGCAUUCCAUAAACAUCCAGGGAAAUCCGCUGUCGUGCAACUGCCACUUAGCCUGGUUCGCCGAGUGGCUGAAGAAGCGCGAUAGCACCUCGGUCAGCGGACACUGCCACGACCCGCCUCGGCUCAAGGCUGCGGCUAUCAGCGACAUUCCGCGCCACGAGUUCAAGUGCAACAGUGACAGCGUCGGCUGCCUCGGCGACGACUACUGCCCGCCGCAGUGCAGCUGCGCGGGCUCGGUGGUGCGCUGCUCGCGCUCUCGACUGACGGAGAUCCCUCGCGGCAUACCGCCCGAGACGACGGAGCUCUAUCUCGACGUCAACGACAUCAAGACCAUCCAGCCGGAGAGGCUCGCCCACCUCAGCAUUCUCACCAGGCUAGACUUGAGCAACAAUCAGAUUGGAAUGCUAUCGAACGACACGUUCAGGAACCUUACGAAACUGGCACAUCUGAUCAUCAGCUACAAUAAGCUGCAGUGCGUGCAACGAGGUGCUCUCGCCGGUCUCAAGUCCCUGCGCAUACUGUCGCUGCACGGGAACGACAUAUCGGUGAUACCGGAGGGCGCCUUCGAGGACCUAAAAUCCGUCACACACGUUGCGCUCGGCUCGAAUCCAUUGUACUGCGACUGCAAUAUGCGCUGGCUGGCCGAUUGGGUCAAGCGAGAUUUCAUGGAGCCGGGCAUAGCGCGCUGCGCGGAGCCGGCCUCCAUGAAGGAUAAACUGCUGCUGACGACGCCCGCCAGCUCCUUUCAAUGCAAAACCAAACAACAGCCAGCCGAGGUACUGGCGAAAUGCAACGUGUGCUAUACCACGCCCUGCCAAAACGGAGGACUAUGCGAGGCGCUACCACACAAACAGUUUCGUUGCAAAUGCGCGCCAGGAUAUCACGGGGACCGGUGUCAACAUAAAAUUGACGCGUGCUAUGGAAAUCCUUGCCGGAACGCCGGAACUUGUAAAGUACUGGAGGAAGGAAGAUUCAGUUGCAACUGUGCACCCGGAUACGAGGGACUCAGAUGCGAGAACAACGUCGACGACUGCGCGAACCACAAGUGCGUCAACAAUGCCACCUGCGUCGACCUCGUCGAGUCCUACCGAUGUGACUGCCUACCAGGAUUUACCGGCGAGCACUGCGAGGCAAAAAUACCCUUUUGCACAAAGGAACACAAUCCUUGCAAAAACGGAGGCCGAUGCGUCGACCACCAGAGCCACUAUAGCUGCGAAUGCCCAAGCGGUUUCGCCGGUGCCAAUUGCACUGACAACCUGGAUGACUGCGAUAAUAAUCUGUGCCAGAAUGGUGCUACCUGCAUCGAUGGCAUAAACAAUUACGAGUGUAAGUGUGCACCAGAUUAUACAGGGAGGUACUGCGAAGUUGCACCAUCAACUGCCUUACUAUACCCUCAAACUAGUCCGUGUGCUCAUCAUGACUGCCAACAUGGUGCUUGUUUCCUACCAUCGCCGGGAUCUGGAGCGGAUUACUUGUGCCAGUGCCAUCCUGGUUACACUGGCAAGAGGUGUGAGUACAUGACGAGUCUGAGCUUUACCGAUAACAACUCGCUGGUCGAGUUAGAGCCACUUCGCACACGGCCCGAGGCAAACGUGACGAUUAUUUUUACAACGAGCCAGGAGAACGGAGUACUGCUUUAUGAUGGGCAGAGCGGCGAGCACUUGGCCGUCGAGCUGUUCAACGGUCGCGUGCGCGUCUCGUACGACGUCGGCAAUUAUCCGACCUCGACGAUGUACAGCUACGAGCAGGUGUCGGACGGCAAGCCCCACAUGGCCGAGCUCAUCGCCGUCAAGAAGAACUUCACCAUGAGGAUCGACCGGGGCGCGGCCCGCAGCAUCAUCAACGAAGGGCCCAAGGAGUAUCUCAAGCUCACCAAGCCCAUGUACAUAGGGGGCGUUGCCACGGAGACUGCCAAUGUCGCCUUCACCGAAUUCCAUUUGCGGAACAUUACGAGCUUUCGGGGUUGCAUUUCGGAAAUGUGGAUAAAUCACAAACUGGUCGACUUCAGCAACGCAGCGAAAAUGAACGGCGUGACGCCGGGCUGCGGCACCGACGACGAGGAAGCUGACGAGGCCAACAAGGCCACCGACGUUACUGACAACAUGCAAGUCGACAAUGCUGAUCAGGUGGUGGUGCCGCAGCAGCAACAGCAACAGCACGUCCACGAACAUUCCGAUUUCGCAGUAUUAUCCAGUUCAAGUAAUAUCGACCCGUGCAUGAGACACGAGUGCAAAAAGGGCUCGACAUGCGAGCCCGCGCCCUUCGGAACUGGCUACACCUGCAAAUGCCAAAUCGGCUGGCAAGGACGCUACUGCGAGAAAGCACCGACCUGCAGAAAAGAGCACAUUCGCGAGUUCUACACCGCGAAUGGAUGUCGGAGCCGAAGACCCGUAAAGCUCGCUAAGUGUUGGGGCAGCUGCGGUAAUUCCUGCUGUUUGCCACGCAAGACCAAGAGGCGCAAGAUCCGGCUGAUCUGCAACGACGGCACUCGCUACACCAAGGACGUGGACCUCGUGCGCAAGUGCACAUGCACGCGCAAGUGCUACUAAUUUAGAACUUCAACAUACGCGGUGGCAGAGGCAGCGGCGGUGCAGAGGCAGAGAGGCUGCACAUCUUGGUCUUGCCAUUCGUUCCAGCGGAAUUUACGCGCAAGAGAAGUCGAGGCAGGAGAGCGAGAGCAAGACAGAUGAGAGAAGAGAGAGAGAGAGAGCUGACUGCGCUUGGCAAAGGCGAGAGAUGUGGCCGAGUCGUCGGAGGGGAGUGAAGAGCGACGAGAGCGACGAGACGCGCCCGCGCACCUGUAUUAACGAAGUUCCGCUUGCCGGCGAAUGUAGACGCGCGGAGAAACCGAGGAAAUUUCCUUACGGACCGAUACGCGCGCAUUAGCAACGGUUUAAAUCCUCCCGCCCCUACUUGGAAACCCUAUCCCCCCUCCCUUUAAGCGUGUUCUGUGCUUGUAAAUCGUGUAUGUGUAACGACUGUGAGGGUGUGAUUUUUCUACCGAUGCGACUUUCCUCCUCACUUUUUUACUCUUGGCUAGAUAACGAAUAAGAACGUAUAAAAGUAGGUAUAGGGUGGUUUCGUAUUUCUGACUUACCGACUCAACUCACGCGGUUCAGAGCUCCCGUCAUUUGAUAGUAAUUGUUUUCUCUCUCUAGCGUAGCUUUUGAAUGGAUACUCUUGUGGAAUAGUUCGCUAAUCGAGAUAUUGGAAAUUUCUGUCACUCUCAAAAGUUCUCAUCGAAUAGCAAUAAUAACCGGUAAUUACUAUCAAAUUGCAGAGCAGAAAGUGCGUACGUGCUGCAAAUGGUCGUAGCGCAUAGCCGCGCAUAGAAGAGAGAGAGAGAGAGAGAGCGAGAGAGAAUGAAACUUCGCCGUCUAUACACUGGACGGAAAGCUACGGUCGCUCGCGUCGCAUGCAGCAACCUAUCAACGUAUAUAAUUAUAUACACGUAGAAAACUACCAUAGUUUUUUUAUACGAAAACUUACGCGUGUACUUGCCGUUACAUAUAUUCUAACAAUUUACUCUCGUCGCGAGAUAAGCUGCCUCACCUACCUAUACCCACUCCAAUUCCGAUAAGUCAUAUGAGCAUCGGUCGCGAAAGAGAACGCUUUCUGUUACAUCGACGCGCAUUGCAUGAUCACGAGGGAAUGACAGAUGGAUUAUCGACUCCUCCUCCAACCCUUGUUCCUCCCACCCUUCUCCUUUUCCAUCGCACUCGACUCAAACGUACCGAGAGAAAUCUUUGUAGAAAAGUAGAAAUAUGAACGCACUUUGCGGAUACGCAAAUAAUACAUGCAUACAGGGGAAGAAAGUUUAACGCGGUUACAAGUUUUUAUGUAACGAGAAAAGUUUUCUCUACUUCUGGACGAAUAUUUUUAAAAUUCUGUCAAAGCAUAAAACGAGUAUACCAAGCUUUGCGUAAUAAUGCAAAAACAUCGGGUAUAGAGUUUUACCAUUUUCAAUAAAUUAUUCUGAACGAAAGACUUUCAACACUGCAUUAGGGUACUCGCGAGUCACCCGACCAUUGCACAAUAAAAUUAUCUAAAAGUACGGGUCUUGUUCUUUUGACGCAGAUGUCAAAAGCAACAAACGACUUAUAUACUGACUGAUUCUACGUAGAUUUUUAUCGGUUGCGUUACGAGGGCAGCCACCCAAAAAAUAACCCCGCAUAUACAACGCCGUCUACGUAACCAGAUAUUACUAUAUAUUAUGUGGAUUCGCGAUAAAAAUAAAUUAUAUAAAUAUAUAUAUUUAAAGUGCGAGAAUUCGUCUGGCAUCCCUGUACAUAUAUAUAAUCGACGACGCUUUUUGCGCGCAUAAUGCGAAACCCAUCAUGAAACGUACUCAAGAAGAAAGAAGAAAUAUUAAGAUGUCUCAAGUACAAGUAUGUUAAAGCAAAAAAAUUUGAUAUACGAAGAAUGUCGAGUUAGUAUUGCAUUUAAUGUAAACAAAAGUUUUAACGCAAUAACUGUAUUACCCGGCGAGCGCGCGUCCGCUCGCGACACAAGCUUGCCUCGAUGUCGUGACAAAAACAGGCAGUCGACGCGUUGCGGACAUGUUAAUACGGCCAACGCUAUUGGAGUUGAAAAAACUUGGAAAACGUAAUAACGCCUCGAGGAAGUUUUCAACAGCGGUCGCGCGCUCUCUUUCUCUCUCGUGCUAAAUAUUUAAAGAGAAACAAUGGGAGAACAAUAGACGUAUAAGAGAUAAAACGGUUGACCCACGCAUGUAUUUAUUUAAGCAAUAAGAUUUCGCUUUAAUUUGUAAUUAUAUUGAAACGAAUAUAUUAUUAUUAUUAUUAUUAUUAUUAUUAUUAUUAUUAUUCUCAUGAUUAUUAUUAUAUUAUUAUUACGAAUAUUAUAUACAACCGCACGCCUGUUGCGUACGUCGAUAUGUAAGACAGAAUGCGAUUUCUUUUCGUUUAUUUUACACAACAAAGUUGUAUUUUCAGUGUAUACUGCGAGUGUUUUAAGUUGUCACAUAAAAUACACAUGUUCCAUUUAGUUUGGUGCACUCUCGUGAGCGCGCCAAAGACUUUGCGUUUAAGAUAACAAUAUUCAUUUCCAAUGGCGGCGUAGAAUAAUUUCGUCGCUGAUUUUUUAGGCGACACAUUUGCAGCAUAUUAACUCUCUUAUUUUCGUUUUCUUUUUUUAGUAACUAUAAUUUUAUUUAUUUACAGUUAUCUUAUUGCGUAGCUAUGAGUUUUUGUUGUGUGAUGCAGUUCACGAUAAUCGUUACGUUUUUGAUAAAUAUUUUUGAUUUUAAGUGUUCUAUAUGUAAUGUUUUAAUUGUAAAAAUCAGAUGACGCCGGAUCAACGCGACGAAAUUAAUUUACGUAUUUUACUUCAAACAGUUCAGUAUUUAUGAGAUUACGCGAUCUUUGUUUAGUUAAGUUAAAUAAUGUUCAAUUUUUUAGCGACCGUCAGAGCAAUGCAAAGCAACAGAAAACCGUAUAUUAUAACCGAAAAUAAGCGAAGCAUCGGCUUUCGAUUCGUAACCAGUCUGCUCGCAAACUCAAAACGAAUAAUUCUAGUUGAAGCAUCUGAGAUUACAGUAGAUUUAUACAAGUUAAGAAACGAAAAAAAAAAUGAUUAUCGAAAAAAAUAAAUAAAUGUCACCUUGCUUUUGGUGUAGGGUGUGCUUGUAAAUUCGUUGGAAAAACGUUAAUAAGAGAAUGUAGGUCUUCCUUCGUGGGUGCUUCGGUUCUCCAUAAAAAAAUGUCACGUGUGCUUCAUGCCUCAUGGUAUAGAUAAAUUUUUUAUUAAUUAAUAAACCCCUAUAAACGGC